AUGGAUGAUGAUACUGCUGCUCUAGUUGUUGACAAUGGCUCUGGAAAGUGCAAAGCUAGCUUUGUAGGAGACAAUGCCCCUCGGGAAGUCUUCCCUUUUAUUGUUGGGUGUCCCAGACAUCAGGGUAUGAUGGUGAACCUGGGCCAGAAAGAUAGCUAUGUGGGGAAUGAGGCCCAAAGCAAGAGAAGUAUUCUGACCCUGAAGUACCCCACUGAACAUGGUAUUGUCACCAACUAGGAUGACAUGGAGAAGAUCUAGCAUCAUACUUUCUACAAUGAGUUCCAUGCGGCCCCUGAAGAGCACCCUAUGUGGCUUACAGAAGCCCCCCCAAAUUCCAAAGUCAACAGAAAAAAGAUGACUCAGAUUAUGUUUGAGACCUUCAAUACCCCAGCCAUGUACAUUGCCAUCCAGGCUAUGCUGUCCCAGUAUGCCUCUGGUCAUACCACUUGUGUUGUGAUGAACUCCAGUGAUGGUGUUGAUGCAGUUUUGGGGUUCAGGGAUGCUGGGACCCAAUGUCACAACAUCUCCGAGGGAAUUAACAGAACUGAGCAUACAUUUCCAGAUAAGGCAUCCGUUCUUGUCCUCUACACUGUGGAAGAUGUACCCAGGUCUAUUGCCUUAAAUCUACCCAGUGGACCCAGACCCUGA